CAAAGUUGAACUUUCCUUUUGUUUCUUAUGUUGAAAUACGUCAUUAUUUGAGAUCCCCCUUCUAUCCUUCUUGCGCCCUAAUUCUCCUUCCUCGUUUGCAUCUUCAAUUCCAGAGUUUGGGGACACAAUAGCAGAUUCAAGAAAAGAGUUGCUGCUAUGGCAGAAAAUUCUGGAAAUCCGCCUGCAUCUGGGCACGACAUUAUAUUAGGACCUGACUUCUUUGGUUUGUAUAAGAGUGAGAUCGAUACAUUAUUGGCUGAAGAUGAUAGUCUUCUGCCCUUGCUUCGUCGAGUUUCUCAGUUAUCUGGAAACCUUAAUGGGGUGGGCAGAGAAAAAGGCUCAACUGUGGAAAACAAUGCUAGUACUAGUUCUGCUUCAAUGUUUUCUGAUGGAAUAGGAGCUCUGGUUUCGGAUACCAAAAAGGAAAGAUUAUGUGGAUUGCUCAGGCAGAGUGUUAUUGAUCUCACGCAAGAGGUGGAUGAGAUGGAGAAUCCUGUUCUUUCUGUUUGUCGAAUUCGAUCGUGCCUAAGCUGCAAAGAAAAGCUUUUAAGCUUGGAUGCAUCGACAUGUAAGGCUGAUCAACCGCAGCACGCUAAAAAGAAGGCCAAAGUUGUUUCUGCAUCUCCGGAUUUGGAAAGUGAACACAUCCAGCUGGAUGAUGAUUUGCGGUUUAUAUUAGAGCAGGACAGUUCCAAGGUUGAGGAACUCAUGGAGAGCCACACUAGAGAAAUUUCCACCACGUUGGAUCACAUGGAGACGAAGCUCGAAGAAAUUCUCAAUUCUGUAAUGACCACCUGCAGGGCUAUGACCAUUGUUGAGAAGCAAGAGCUUCGCAGACUGCUUCGGAAAUUACCAGCCACAAGCCUUGACCGUGUUGUGGAAAUCAUCGAACAUACCAAUCCCCCAAGCUACUCGGGCAGCACAAUGAAUGUUGAACUGGACAAAUUGAACAAUGUUGCACUAUGGAGACUAUACUUCUACGCUGCAAGCGUUACAGAAAAGCUGACAGUUAAUGCCAAGAAGCCGUGUCGGGAGUGAGCAUUUUUUAUUACUCCCCCAUCCCAUCAACCUUAGUUAGUGUUGUAAAGGUUAUAGAGAUACAGCAUUUUGUUAGUGAUAUGCGUAGUUAAGCCAAGGAGGACAUAGAUGUACAGCUGAUAUUGAGUUCAUUCACAUAGUGCCCAAAUUACGUAAAAAAAUGUGAGAAAGCGGUGCACACUACAGGCCUCUCUAAAUUCCUUUUUUCUUUACCUGCGUUUUCUGUCCAUAUUUUUGCUGGUUGUGGUGCAUUUUCUUUGAUGAAAAAAUGUGUUAAUAUAUAUAUUUAUCAUUUUUCUAUUCU